AUGGCAUGUGAUGCAUCGGCAUCCAUUUGCUGGGGUCCGAUUUCCCAGCUGAUUGCCAGCACGGCAGAGGAUGGCGGAGGCAUAGAAAGCCUGGAGCCUUUGGCAGUUCAUUUGCUGCAAACAGCACAUGGAAAGGCGCUGAAGGAGGAGGAACUGGAGCUGCGGAGGACUGACACCGAGCUACGUUUGGAGAACAGCCACCUCAAGACUCAGCUUCACGAGGUCGUCCAGCAAAUGGUGCACAGGAAAGACAUCCACAUGGAUUUCAGGAAGCCGUUUUGGCUCACCCUGCUGGUGGCGGCAGUGAUGGCUGGAAUCUGGGUGACCAUUUACUUCUUCCAUUUGGUGGCGUUUUUUGCACAUCAAAAUUCCAUCCGGAAUGCGAACCGACGAAGAGCAAGCUGGGAAGUAAAAGAGACAGUGCCCAACUUCGAGCAAUGCAGACAAGAGAUGCGAGAGAGGUUUGCCUUUGGCUUGAGGCGUGUCACAGUUACUCGAAUUAUGCUACUGGUACUCUUGGCCACAGCAAGUGGCAGCUAUUUUGCUUCCCGGGGCUACUUCAAGCCCUUGGAAGAGAAGAUCGUGCCCUAUCUGUACCUGGUGCUGGUGGCGGUUCUUGUGGGUCAGGCAGUGAUACGAGAGGUCUGGAACAGAGCCACCACACUUUUCGGUCCAAUGGUGGAGACCAUGUACAAAUUCCACAGCGGUAUCCAGAAGCUGACGGAUGAUGGCAGCGACCUGCUGCACCGACUUGCAAGCAGCUUGGGUCGGGUCGCUGGCAUGUCACCCUAG